UGCUUCUGAGAAUUUGCCCCCAGUCCACUCCUAUCUUUUCUCCAUUUUCACAGCCAUUAGAAGGUAAAAGAAAAACCCACUCCCGUCCCCGGGGAAUAUCAGUGACCAUUUAGUAAUUCGGAGCGUUCACCGGAAUAAUAAACUAUUUUUCUUUCUUUCUGUCGUUCUUUUACCGGGAAAAAAAAAGAAAGAAAGGGGAGGGAAAAAAAAAAACAAAUGCUUCUCCAAGUCCAAUCCCUGACCUCUCACUUCCCACCUUCUGCUCUCCCCCCGACGACGACGACGACGACUGCCUACUUUUCCAAACCUUCACUUUCUGUUUCUAAACCCAGUCCCAGCAGUCAGUUUUUCACUCAACUAAAACUUCGGAACCCAUAUCCCAGAUUUCCGGUUGUGCCUCCCAAAUGCUCAGUUUCUGUGGUCUCAGAACCUGGAAGCUCCCACUUGGAGUUGACCUCCACCGAUAAUCACAAGCCAUUCCCAGCUGAAGUGUCCAGAACCAUUGUGGAAUUAGCCUCCCGGGGCACUCUUUCUGCCCUCACCCAAGAAUCUGAGCAUGGUGGUUGGCCUCUGGGAAUUGGUGUUCGCUUUGCUGUUGAUUCUCAAGGCACUCCAGUCCUGUGCUUGAAAUUCGAUACCUCCGUCCCAACAUUCCUUCCUAAUAACGGAACGCGCUCUAGCCUCCAUGUUCAGUUGGAUCAGUGUGGGUUGCGGACUCCACAGUGCACACUACUGGGGAACCUUCAAAAGGUAGAGGAUCAAAUGGCUUCCAAGAAGCUUCGUUCUUUAUGGAAAAAAAAUUUUGGUGAGGAAGUUGACGAAGGCCUUUUAUACGUUGUUUCCGUGGAACGUAUACUUCACAUGGAAGAUUUUGGGGAGGAUGGUGUGUGGGUCACAUCAGCAGAUUAUAAGUUGGCAAACCCCGACCCACUCCGAGGUUUUGCAGAAAAGAUUGUGGAUGAGAUAAAUGCUAACAAUAUGGAAGAUGUCUACCGCUUUUGUAACAUCUAUGCAGACUUGGGUUUCCAGGUGUUGGAUGCCAAGAUGGUUUGGGUUGAUCGCUUGGGCUUCGACAUGCGGGUGACUUCUACUCAAAAUGAUGUAUUUGAAUUCCGAAUUCCUUUUCCUGGAGAAGUAACAGAUGAGAAGGGUGCAAAAUCAGCGUUCAAUUGUAUGUCUCAACUUGCUUGGGAAGUGGAAAAGAAUUUCCAGGUCCCAGAAUUCAAGCGAGUGAAACAACUGAAGAAGAUUACAAGCAGAUGCUGAGUAAAAACAGCUUCGGGAUCUAAGAUUAACUAACUUCUUAUGCAAUUUUGCUGCAUGGAUUCAUCUUUUGCUCCAUUUUACAGGUAGCAAAUUUUGUAUGUUAUUGCCCCACUAUUUACGGUGGGGCUGCAAAUAUUUGAAACUUUUUCUACACAAACACUCCUUUACUGGAUACUGGAUUACACGCUUGCGGAGUGAGAGAGCCUGAAAUCUGCUUCUCCUUUGCAGAUUUUGUUAUAGGAUGGUUGUCAUAUUCACAACAAUAUGUUGCCAUCAAGAUUAGGUUCUCUUGCUUUUACCGCCUUUGCUUUCUUUAGUUGUCAUUUUGCAAUGUCUGUCUAUCUUGGUUGAGCGGUUCAA